CAAUGGGGAGAUUGUAACAUCGCGGAGAGCGUGUAGUGGAAAAACCAGUAUCUGUACCAAACCGACUUGAUAUAUCGCGUCCACAGUAACCGUGCGACGAAGGAACAUGCCAGUGUGACCGGACUGACGUCCCUUUGAAAUUGUCUCUGUUAUAGCAACUCGCGAUUGUUUCGAUUUCAACCGUGUAGUUAUUAAUCGGGAACAACGGAUAGAAAGUGCACAACGGGACUAUGUCCUGGCCAUUAGUCGAGACACUCGGACUCUUCGCUGCGGCGUUGUUCUUGUUUUAUUAUUAUGCUACGUCAACGUUCGAUUUCUGGCGGAAACGGGGCGUGAAGGGCCCGAAGCCACUUCCAUAUGUGGGCAAUUUCAUGGAUGUGUUCCUUGGGAAAGGGUCGGUCAGCGAUUGUUUCGUUAAGGCUUACUACGAAUUCAAGGACGAACCAAUGAUCGGUGUGUUUGGAGGACGAACUCCGUUACUGGUCUUGAAAGAUCCGGACCUGAUGAAGGACGUCCUCAUCAAGGAUUUCUCCGUCUUCGCUGAGAGAACUCUUGGCCCUGUCGACGAUGUUGAGCCAUUAUCGGUGCACCUCUUCAGGUUGGAUGCACCGAGAUGGAAACCAUUAAGGACCAGACUUUCUCCCGUCUUCACGUCAGGGAAGCUGAAGGAGAUGUUUCACUUGUUGCUCGAGUGCUCGGAUCACUUUGUAAAGUACCUAGAAGCCCAAGUCGAUAAGGGCGAGCCGAUCGAAUGUCGCGAAAUCGCGGCGAAGUACACCACGGACGUGAUUGGUAACUGCGCGUUCGGUUUGGAGAUGAACGCAUUGGGAGCGGAAGACAGUCCGUUUCGCAAGAUUGGUCGGCAAAUCUUUCAAACCAGCUGGAAGACCUUCUUCAGGGACAGACUGAGAGAGUAUCCGUUCCUUUUCAAGAUCGUUGGCCGGUUUUUCGUCGAUAACGAAGUCAAUGAAUUCCUUACGGGCAUCACCAGGGAGACCGUGAAUUACAGGAUUAAAAAUAACGUUCGUAGAAACGAUUUUAUGGAUGCUUUGGUAGACUUGAAACAACAUCCAGAGAAACUUGGAAUUGAAAAGAUGACCGAACAGUACUUGACUGCACAGGCGUUUGUUUUCUUCGUUGCUGGCUUCGAGACGUCUUCGGUAACGAUCUCCCAUGUGUUUUUCGAGCUGGCACUGAAUCCACCGAUUCAAGAGAAACUUCGCGAAGAGCUCAAACAUGUUCUCCGAAAGACCAACGGUCAAGUCACAUACGACUGCAUAAAGGAAAUGCAUUAUCUAGAUGCAUGUCUCAAAGAAACUCUUAGGAAAUAUCCAGUAGUGCUGUACCUGUCCAGAAUGGCUUUAGAAAAUUAUACGUUCUCGGGAACGAAAGUCAGUAUACCUAAGGGUCAGCAAGUAUUCAUGCCAGUUGUAGCGACUCAACACGAUCCAGAUAUUUAUCCGGAUCCGGAGGUCUUCGAUCCCGACAGGUUCACCGACGGAAGCGACAAAUCCAGGCACCCGAUGUUCUUCUUGCCGUUCGGCGAUGGUCCAAGGAAUUGCAUCGGAGCGAGAUUCGCCAACAACCAGUCAAAGUUAGCAAUUAUCAGGGUUUUGACCGAUUUUAAACUCGAGGUGUGCGAGAAGACUCAAAUACCGUACAUCAUGGACAAAAAAUCGUUGUUUCUUUUGCAACCUACUCACGGAAUAUACGUAAAAAUGACGAAGCUGAUGAAGUAGAGAAUGCUUAAAUAUUAUAUUACAGUUACAAUGCAAUUAUGUUAAUAUUAAUUUAGAGUUGUUUUUCCUCGUUUUUCUAUCGGUAUUCUUCUCCUUUAUUAUUGUGCACAUCGAUGCUUUAUUUUACUCUUAAAAAAACGUAUACGAUUUUUGAGAUUAGAAACGUCAUUUUAUAUUUAUCGUUUCAUUGUAAUAAAAUAAAAUUGCUGAAAUCACCAA